CAGUUCCCCGCCUGGUGGUCCCAGCUCACCCUAAAGUUGUUAUCCCUGACCGAGCUACUGCGGCACUCCCCAGCACCUCCCUCUCCUUGCCAGCGCCGCACUGAAGAAUCCUCUGCAGUUGCCGUGGACCGCUAAGACGCCCGUGAGAGAGCGGCAUUGUCACUGUUCCUAAUCCAGCCGUCUCCACCGCCCAGACUUAGACUUGGUGUUCGCUCCGCUACUUGACACCCGACAUCCACCACGACUACACCGACUUCCCCUCCGAAGCGAUUGCGGCCGCCACGAUGAACAACAACCAGCAAGGCAACCGCCUGCAACUCAACUUUGGCUUCGGCGGCGGUGACCGAAACAACCAGCAGUACCAGCAGGAAGUCGGCAGAGCAUUCCCGACGACACCUUCGACGUUCCCGCAACCUGUGUACCCCAACCAGGCCGGCCAGCAAGAAGUCUGGGGCGCCCAGCAACAGCAGCAGGGCAAUGGCUACAAUGGAGGCGGGGGCUACUUCAUGAAUCCCUACCAGCAGGCACAAUACCAAGGGCAGCAGGGCAACCUCCAGGCGCCAGGCAGCCAGCGCUUCGACCAGAGUGCCAAUGGGCUCGCCCAACAACUGUCGCACCAACACCUUGGGGGCAACGGUCGCUCUGGAAGCCCCUACGGCCGACAAGCCUCCCCGAACCCUGGACGUCCUCGCACCGCAGACAACAGAGGAGGCUAUGGCUACGGAAGCCAGGGUGGCAGUUCAGGGCCCCGACAGCCCUCGUUGUACGAUGAAGAGGCGCCGCAACGAAACCCCACCAAGUACACGGAGAAUGUAGACAAGCAGGCUAUGGUAUCCAAGAGUCUCAUCAACACCUUUUUCAAGGACAGCGUCCAGCGGGCUCGCGACCGAAACCAAAGAGCUCUCGAACUCGAUGCCCUCAUGAAAGAGACCUCCAUCUCCGACAGCCGGAAACGGUCCAAGGAGGACAGUAUGCGCCGCGCCGAAGUCGAAUACCUGCGAUUCCUGCGGACAAAGGAGAAGCCCGAAAACUUCUCGACACUGAAGAUUAUCGGCAAGGGUGCUUUCGGAGAAGUCAAGCUAGUGCAGCGGCGCAAUGAUGGCAAGAUCUAUGCGCUCAAGUCGCUUGUGAAGCAGGAGAUGUUCAAGAAAGACCAGUUGGCGCACGUACGGUCAGAACGUGACAUCCUCGCCGAGUCCGACAGUCCAUGGGUUGUCAAGCUGCACACGACCUUCCAGGACAACACCUUCCUUUACAUGCUUAUGGAGUUCUUGCCAGGUGGUGAUUUGAUGACCAUGCUGAUCAAGUACGAAAUCUUCACUGAGGAUAUCACACGAUUCUACAUGGCCGAGAUCACGCUUGCAAUAGAGGCCGUCCACAAGCUUGGUUUCAUACACCGUGAUAUCAAGCCUGACAACAUCCUUCUCGACCGAGGCGGCCACAUCAAGUUGACAGAUUUCGGUCUAUCGACAGGCUUCCACAAGGAGCACGACGCUAACUACUACAAGAAGCUGCUCGCCGGCGGCGCACACAAGUCGAACCGCGAUAACCGACAAUCAAUGAACCUAGACCAGAUUCAACUGACUGUCAGCAACCGUACCCAAAUCAACACAUGGCGUAAGUCUCGACGACAGCUCGCCUACUCGACCGUCGGUACACCCGACUACAUCGCGCCGGAGAUCUUCAGCGGUCAAGGUUACGACUACAGCUGUGAUUGGUGGUCGGUGGGCACAAUCAUGUUCGAGUGUCUGAUCGGCUGGCCGCCGUUCUGCGCUGAGGAGCCACACGACACUUACCGCAAGAUUGUCGACUGGCCGCGUAACCUGCACUUCCCACCCGACCAGCAACUCGGCGCCGAAGCUGAGGACUUUGUCCGACGGCUCAUCUGUGAUGCCGAACACCGCCUCGGUCGCAUCGGUGGCGCCAACGAAAUCAAACAGCACCCCUUCUUCCGCGGCGUCUCCUGGGACGGUCUCCGCCGUAUCCGCGCGCCCUUUGAACCCAAACUGCAGUCCAACAUUGAUACUCAAUACUUCCCCAUCGAUGAAAUUGAUCAGAAUGAUACCUCGGCUGCUCACAGGGCGCAGGCCGCACAGGCAAACGAAGACGAGUACGCAACGAGUUUGCCCUUUAUUGGGUACACGUAUAAGCGCUUUGACGCGUUCCGCGGGUCGUAGAUUGGUAUUCUGUUGGUGGAUUGAUGAAGGAAGGGAGGUGUUUAGGGAAGAAUGGUUAGGAUUUCUGGGGUCGAGAACUCUCUCUUACCGUCUGUCUGCCAUUCCCUUUGAUAGCAUGAAGCCUGAAGGGGGCGGAAAGUGUCCUGGCUGGCACCACUGUCACAUCAUAUCUUGACCAUAUACUACAUAAAUCUUUGCGCACAGCGCGCGAAUGGAGUAACGGGUUGUAAUCCUUUCUGAUUCUCUGUGCGGAGAAGGUGCACUGGUGCUAAU